AUGCCAAGUGCACGUGGCGAGAAGGGUUCCAGCUAUCAGCAGGACAUUCAGUAUGUCUUCAAGUUGAACAACUGGAUUCUCGGCUCGAUCGGCAUCUGGCCGGUCUCGUUUCGCGGCAUCGGACGGCACGCGUCCAAGAUCGCGAUCGCGCUCGGUAAUCUCGCGCUGAGUUUCGCGAUGGUGCCGUGCGCCCUGCACAUCGUCUACGACGAGAAGGACAUCAUUAUGAAGUUGAAGCUAAGCGGCCUGCUGGCUUUCUGCUUUACCGCGAUGACGAAGUACUGCAUCCUCGCGAUACGUCGCCCUAAGAUACUGCACUGUAUCGAAUGCGUAAAGAACGAUUGGUGGCAGAUGACGACGUUCAGGUCCGACCGGGAACUGAUGCUGAAAUACGCUACCAUUGGUCGCAAUCUAACGAUAAUCAGCGCGUCUUUCAUGUACACCGCCGGCGUUAUUUACUACAUGAUUCUGAUUCCGUUCUUCUCCGAGAAGAAAAUCAACAAUCAAACCGUCAGACCGCUCGUGUAUCCGACUUACAGUGAAUUCCGCCAAUCCCAAGUUAGCCCGAUAUACGAAAUCGUAUAUGUGGCGCACUGCAUGUGCGGAUACACCAUGUACUCGAUAACGGUCGGCGCGUGCGGAUUGGCCGCGCUGUUCGUCACUCAUACGUGCGGCCAGAUCCAAGUGAUCGUGUCGCGAUUGGAAGAACUCUUAAACAGCAAGGGCCCAAGCAUUCAUCAACGAAUCGCUGUCAUCGUGAAGGAUCACGUUCGCAUAGUAAGGUUUUCAGCCGUGGUGGAGGAAAUUUUACAAGAAGUAUGUUUAGUGGAAUUUACUAGUUCUGUAUGCACGAUAUGUCUACUCGAAUACUACUGUAUAGUGGACUGGCAAGACGACAAUAAGCUUAGCUUAUCAAUCUACUUUAUGCUCUUCAUUUCAUUCUGUUUCAAUAUAUACAUAUUAUGUUACAUUGGCGAGCUUCUCAUGGAAAAGAGCAGUCAAAUUGGAUCGAUGUGCUACAUGAUCAAUUGGUAUCAAUUAUCGCCAAGAUCAGUUCGUAGUCUUAUACUGAUAAUCUCUAUGUCCAGCCAUCCCAUAAAACUUAGUGCCGGUGGAAUGGCGGAUUUGUCAUUAACGACUUUUGGAAAUGUACUAAAAACUAGCGUGGCGUAUCUGAGCUUCCUACGAACAUUAGUCAUGUAAAUAUACAAUUGCAAUUAUGUGACAUAUGUUAAGAAAUAUAUUAAAUUUCUAGCUAAUCUGUUCAACGUAGAAUCUUGAUAUAUACAAUAUUAUUUAAAAUAAUCAACAUCAGACGUCUAUAUUCUUAUCCUGUUAAUUAUGUCGUUGAGCUACCCACACACAAAUAAUUUAUAAUUCCUUAUUUUUAUUUUUAACGCCUGCUAACAAUUACUUUACUUUGACAAUUAAAACAGAAAAUAUUAAAUUAUGAAAAGUUUUCCCAAUUUUGCCAAACCUAUUUUUCAAAAGUAACCACUUAAGAUCGGUUAGAAAAAUUCAAAGAAAGCAGCGAAAGUGCUGCUUGUUCGAU